UACUGCUCUUGCAAUUAGGCUUGCAGAGAGACCAAUGAAGCCGCACAGAUGGUGAGCAAGUUCGUGAGUCAAGAGCAAAAGAAAACUCCCUCGGGUCCUGGCACCCAGUUUGUUUCUGGAAAACAGCCAAAGAAGGGAGCUUGGUGGAGGAGGAAAGGAAAGGUUCUCCUGGCAAGAUUUUUUGUUUCACUCUUGCUUGCUUGCUUACUUUGUUAAAAAAAGAAAGAAAAAAGCCAGCACCAUUAUUUGAUUUGCUGAUGAGAACAAACUGUUACAAGGCAUGGCAAGUAGGAGCUGGAGGAGGUGAAACUGUGCUCACUGUUGAUUGCACAGGAACUCGAUUGAGAAACUGCACUGUUGCUGCAGUGAGCUGAGACUCGGAGGUACCUGACUGUCUGGCUUCCUGGAGUUGACAUGUUCUGAAGAUUUUGGAACUUUUCCUCAGAUGACUGUCCAUAAGAGCAUGAGUAGUGGCUACUGUAGUUUGGAUGAAGACUUGGAGGAGUGUUUUUUUACAGCCAAAACCACCUUUUUCAGGAAUCCCCAGAGCAAACUUGCUGCAAAGAAUGUAACAAAGACAGUGGAAGAAGCGAAACCUAAACCUCCUACUAUCCAAGAACUGAAAGAAAUGAUUAGCAAUUACAACUCAAAAGUCAACAAUUGUUUGCUGAUGAAGCUGAAUGACGAUGGCACUUACACAGGUUUCAUCAAAGUGCACCUAAAACUAAGGCGUCCUGUGACAGUCCCAGCAGGGAUUAGGCCACCAUCUAUUCAUGAUGCUCUCAAAGAAGUCAAUUUAGCUAACAUGACAGAGAAAAGAACAUCAUUCUAUCUACCCUUGGAUGCCAUCAAACAGUUACAUAUCAGCAGCACAACAACUGUGAGUGAGGUGAUCCAGGGACUUCUGAAGAAAUUUAUGGUGGUGGACAACCCACAGAAAUUUGCACUUUUCAAACAGAUGGAGAAAGAUGGUCAAGUUCUUUCCCGGAAGCUUCCAGUCACAGAAUGUCCUUUGUACCUCCGGCUCCUAGCAGGCCCUGACACGGAUAUUCUGAAUUUUGUGUUGAAGGAAAAUGAAACAGGAGAAGUUGAGUGGGACAACUUCUCUAUUCCAGAGCUACAGAAUUUUUUACUAAUACUAGAAAGAGAAGAAAAAGACAAAAUACAACAAGUACAAAAAAAAUACAGCAGGUUUAAACAAAGACUGCAAGAAGCCUUGAAAGAAGCAAAUGGGAAGCCCGGAUAACCAAAUAUGGCUAGCAACAAACUCAGUUUUAGAGCCUAAAUAAAUAAUUAAAUAUAUUUAAAAGAAAUAAAAACAAAACCGAACAACUUUUUCUUUCUCAGGACACUUUUCAGUUUGGUUGUAACCCAAGCUUUGCUUAGAACUGGUAGUUACAGAAAGGGAAACUGACCCUCUAGUACCAGAAGCGGUGGCUGCUUUUCCUUCUCCAUGGUCGUACUGCCAGGAAACUCUGCAGUGAUGCUGAAUGUCUACUUUAUUGGUUGGUUUAUUGUACAAAUGUUAAGGCUGGACUGAAAUGGCUGUCUCCCCUUCCUGCCAUCCUGAUACCUCACCUGUGGAUUUGUGUUACGUGCAGUAGACAUGUAUAGUAAAUGUGUUCUCUGUGAUCAAUUCAUCCACAUAACCAUCAGCAAACUGAACAACUUUAGUCUGAUAUAAGUGAGACACAUGAUAAAAGAUGCCAAACCUAUUGUUGCACAAGAAAAAUGAACUGAACAAUUGCCAAGGAAGUGGCAGAAUAUCAACAUGACUUCAGGAAUGGCUGUGGACAUGAGAAAGAGUACAUUUCUUGGAGGGAAAAAAAAAUCCCUCUGAUGUUAGGAUUUUAGGAUUCUGAUAUAAACAGGGCUUUGCAUAGUCCUACUGUUGGAAUCCCCUUUGCCCUAAUGCAGAACCAGUUCUGAAGGCUUUGGCAGGUGAUUGUUAUAUUUGCCUUUAUUAAUAUAUGUUGGAAGCAUUGGUUACCUAUUAUCCUAGAAUUUAUGUGAAGCCUCUGAAAGGAAAUAAUCUUGGGUGCUAUUGACAUUCAUGUAGUAGAAAAUGAGUUGCAAUUUGCAACUGCUCAGCUUACUGGCUCUUUCACCUUGCAGGGUCAUGCCACCUGAUUAAAGGUGUAAGUUCCAAAUAGCUGACUCUGUUCUGUUUCUGU